AUGCCUCUCCACGGCGCCGAGAUUGAAUCUGAAAAGCAGGCGUUGCCGCCCACGAGCCACAAGUCUUAUAAGGUUCUGAUAAUCUCGAAUCUCUUUUUUGUGUUGGCGUCGACCUUUUACCUUGCCGCUGCCGCCUAUGAUGUCCAAGAGAACAAGACUGCCACUGCUACUUCUACAGUAACAAACCUGACUCCCUCUGUGGUUCUCCAAAUACUGGGAGGUCUGGCAUUCGUCGUUGUGGGUCUACUGGAUCUGUACAAUACCCAAAAGAAGGUCCACUUUUUCUUGACACUGGCAGGACUGUUUGCCGCGCUACGAGGGUUCUACCUAAAGAGCAAUUACCAGCUCUCGUCCGUCUUCAACAUGCUCUCGGCCCACUUGUUUCUCCUCGAAUCGCUCGACUGGAUCUACUCCCAUUUUGUCAAACUAAAGUUGGAUGACAAUGACAGUCGCAAAUCGUCACUGUUGGUGGCCGAAGCCGGUGACGCGUUCUUCUUUUUGGGGGCCCUUAUGGAUUGUAUCUUUUCCUGGAUUGACAUUUUCAAAGCGCCACCUCCACCGGGAUCCGCACAAGGACUGGCAUCGGCAUCGGGCGAUGUCGUGUCGGGUAUUCUGUGGCUGCUCGCAGCGCUCAUUUCCACAGUAUUGGCGUGUCGAUUGGGAAAACAAGGUUUUGCGGGAGCUAGUGGCGAAGGCGCUUCCAUGACGGCGGCUUCGGGGAGUAUGGCGUAG